AUGAUGCCCCCUACUCUGCGUGCCCCUCCCCCCACACAAGCUAGCUCACCUGUCAAACAGGGCCCCCCCUCCCACCACCCCGCCCCCCAUUUAUUAUCCCAUAAAAAAAAAAAAAAAAAAAAUCCCCCUCCAUAUCCGACCUACACCUUGGUCCUGCGUCCUUCUCUAUUGCAUAUUCAGCCACUCGCCCACCCCCAGCCCAUAAACAAAUAUACAACCCACCCCCCUACCCGAAGUACCCACCAAGAAAAUUAUGUGGCGUGGGGGUGGCGGGGGGGGGGGCAGGGGGAUGGGGGGGGUGGGUUGUUGGGGGCGGGGGGGGGUGGGGGGGGACGGAUGGCGGGCGGUGGGGGGGAGCAGGGGAAUACAAACUAA